ACUAAGGUAAUGAAGUAGAAAUUGAUUUUGAAACAUCUCUCAUUCCAAUAAAAAAAAAAUCUUUAGGAAAAAAAAUUUCACAAAAAAAUGGCCACCCUCAUUGCCCCUGACCACGCUGAUCCUAUUGCUGAUGCCGAGGCUCUCAAAAAAGCAUGCCAUGGAUGGGGAACUAAUGAGAAGGGUAUCAUCGAAGUCAUUGGUCACAGGAAUGCAGCACAGAGGAAGAUGAUCAAGGAGGCUUAUGAGCAGCAGUACAAUGAAAAUCUCAUUAGGCGUUUUGAGAAGGAGCUUUCUGGGGAUUUUGAGAGAGCUGUGUACCGAUGGAUGUUGGAUCCCUUGGACCGGGAGGCUGUUCUAGCCAAUGUUGCUCUCAAGAAAUCGGACUACCGAGUAAUCGUAGAGCUCGCAUGCAUUCCAUCUGCGGAGGAGCUCUUGGCAUUCAAACGGGCCUAUCAAACUCGUUACAAGCACAGCUUGGAGGAAGAUGUUGCAUCUCACUUCUCUGGUGAUAUGCGCAAGCUGCUGCUUCUGCUGGUUAGUGUUCACCGGUAUGAGAGUGAGGCUUCAGAGCCAAAACUGGUGGAAGCCGAGGCUGCAAUCCUUCACAAGUGUAUCAAAGAUAAGGCUUAUAACCAUGACGAGAUCAUAAGGAUCAUUACCACCAGGAGCAAGGUUCAUCUCACUGCUACCUUCUACCGGUACAGAGAUGUUUACAGCACUCCAAUCACUAAGAGUUUGGCUUCUGAUCAAGACAAGGAUUUCGUAGCAGCGCUUCAAACAGCCAUCAGAUGCAUCAAGUCCCCUUUGAAGUACCUAGAGAGGCUUGUGACCGAGGCAAUCAAGAAGCGUGGAACUGAUGAGGAUGCUCUGACAAGGGUGAUUGUAACAAGAGCUGAGAGGGACUUGGGGGAGAUCAAGGAGCUGUUCUACAAGCGGAACAGUGUGACCCUGGAGCAUGCCGUGGCUAAGGAGACUCGUGGGGAUUACGAGAAGUUCCUCCUUGCACUUCUGGGAAAACAGGAUCAUUAAACUACAUGAUCAUAUAAAACCGCCCUGUAAUUCCAGUGUCGUUUUUAGUUAUGUUGUGGUAAUUUAAGUUGAGCAUUAUCGUUAGUAAGAAGCUCAACAAGGCUAUGUAUUUGAACCUUUUGUGGUGUGCGUUAUGUUAUGCUGAGGAGUUUAAUAUAUGAAUGGAAUAUCAUUUGAACUUUAGUUGAUUUGGCUACACAUCAACUGAGGUAAGGUCUUUUAGCUGUGACCGUGUUUCAAAUUUUUUUAUAUUCAUGUGUAAAAUGUGGGUUUUAAAUUGUUUGAAAGGGAAAACAAUUCCUCAAGUUGUUUAUUUGAUUA